AUGAAUAAAUGCGAGAACAGGUGCGAUUACUGCCCGGGUAAAAAGGACUCCGCGGGAGGUCUCUACGCAAAUGCCAAGCAGCUUCGGAGCCACGUCAUGAACGUGCAUAUCCAGAAAGACAUCGACUAUGGGCACAUCACGCUCACCAACGCAUUCGCAAGCUCGAAAAAGAAAAAGGCAAGCACCGUCCCGAAGGACCUCGAGGACUCAGACAGCCCUGGUCAACCCGCAGCGCGCAAGAAAAGUACUGGGGCGCUCAUGCCCUUCAACGCAGCAGAAUCGGUACUGAACAAUACUCAUCGCGCAUUACGUCUUCACGAAAACGAUCGAGAAAACUUUCGUAACCUCGUACAUGCUCACCUCAAGGAGACGACUGAUCUGGACACUCUCGUCAACCAUCCCAAAGCCAGUCGCAGAGUUCUCCUGACCGAAACUGUGAACGAUUUCCUCGUGACUCGUGCUCCUUGGCUUUGGCGACCACUCAUCGGAAGUCGCAAGCAUCUUUCUCAGAAAGAAGACUUGGUGGUCUGGGGCGGCGCGGACGGUGGAGCGCGUAACCGCGUAACGGGUCCGAUUGGUUCUGUGGAUACCAUCAUGGUCCGGCAGCGGCGUCGGCAUUGGACAGACCACAACCCAGGCUUGGAAUUGACCGACCAGAUGAUGAAGGUCGAGUCUGACCUGGGACUGUGGACUCUUGGGUACUUCAUGGCUCUAAUUGACCUUCUAGCAAAUGGUGAGGAGAUCGACGGGGAAGAAGAGGCUUCGGACGAGGACGCGUUGAUGGCGAAGAUCCUGAAGGAGAAGAACGAGGCGUAG